AUACAGGCACUGCAGGCAGUGGUGCUGGAGAAGGAGGCUUGCCUGGCAGCUCAGGAGAAGCAGCUGCUACAGGAUCUGGAGGAGUCCCGAGCAGGCGAACGGCGCUUGAGGGACUCCUUGCACUUGCUGGAGGCUGAGAUGUCUGAACUGCGUUCGAGGCUUUGCAGCACAGAGGACAGAGCAAAGGCGCUGGCCACAGAGUGUCAGCAGGCUGACAGCGCCCGCUGGGAAGCCCAGUCCCAGCUGGACAAACUGCACGUGGUUCUCCAGCGCAUGAUCUGUGAGAGCAGAGACUUCAUCCAAUGGCUUCUCUCUUCAGAACAGGGUGAUGUCUGGGGCCUGCCUGUUUCUCAGGCCAGCGACGUCCCUGCAGAGCUCACCGUGGACAGGGUGGCAGCAGCCCUACAAGACCUGCAUCAGCACCUGAAGCAGACUCAGCAAGAUCUGAAUGAUGCAAGGAAGAAGAUACAGGAGUUGGAGCUGGAGCUGAGCCAGAGGCAAGCCGAGAGGGACCAUUUCAGUGCCCACAAUGAAGAGCUGCAGAAGCAGUUGGCUCAAAGCCAGGAAGAGACACAGAUGGCAGAACGCAAGAAGAGCUCUCUACAAGCUGCCUUGCAGGAAGAGGCCGCUGCUCUGAAGGAGGAGGCUGUGACUCUACAUCAAGAGGUGGCAUCUCUGGAAAGGAAACUCGACAGCGCUGAGAAGCAAAGAAAGGAUGUUUUGCAUGAACGGGACAGACUGCAAGCAGAUCGAGAAAAACUGGUGUGCGAGAUAAAACGUCUUCAGGAGUUGGUCACAGCCUCUGAAACCCGAGCCAAUACGGCAACAGAUACGAACCGCUCCCUUGAACAAGAACUCCAAGCUACACUGUCUGUCUUAAAAAUGAAAACUGAGGAAGUGGAAACGCAGUGGGAGAAAAUACAGAUCCUGCAGAAAGAGGCAGCAGAGGUCAAAGCUUUGCAGGAGACUCUCACUCACACAAGUGCCAUCCUGUCCCAGAGGGAGGGAGAAAUGAAGCUCUGCCAGGAACAGAUGAGAAUGCUGGAGAAGCAGAGAGAAAUGUGUAAAACUGCUGUCGAUCAGGUUAUUAAGGACCUAACAGAGGAAAAACAGAAGACAGAAUCCCAGCAAGAACACAUACAGGAGCUGGAGAAGCAGCAAGAAAACCAAAGGGUUGCCCUCAGCAAAAUGAGCAGAGAGCUGGAAGAGAGAAACCGGGAGAUCAGAGCCCAGCGAGAACAGCUGCGGGAGCUGGAGAAGCAGCGAGAAUUGCAGGGGACUGCAGUCAGCAAGAUGAACAAAGAGCUGGAGGAGCGAGUCCAGGAGAUCAAAUUCCAGGAGGAGAAAAUAAUUAUUCUAGAACAACACGGUACAUCACAAGUGAGAAAUCUUCUCGUGGAACUUGAUCAUAUGAAAGAAAACUUGAAGGAGAAAAACAUAGAGGUGAUGUCUCUGACUCAGCAGAUCCAAGAACUGGAAAAGAAGAGAGAAGAGCUGAAAUCUCUGCACGCAAACCUGGAACAGCUGAGGGCAGCUCUUAAGGACAGAGAGAAUGAGUGUGAUUCUCAAAGGGGUCAGUUAAGACUCUUGCAGCAGUACAAGGAACAGCAAGAGGGGCACCUGCAAGAGCUUCGUGGUAAAGUAGAAAAGAUGGCACUCUGUUUAUCUGAGAAAGAUCAAGAGCUUGAGUCACAACAGAAGCAAAUCCAGGAAGCUGAAGAAGUCAUGCAAACGCAAUUAAGGACUGUCCGUGACCAACUGGAGCAGACCUUAGAAACCUUAAAAGAAAAGGACAGACUCACAGACAUCCAAAAGCAGCAAACACGGAGCUAUGAGGAAAAAACAGAAGAACGGAUGAAUGUCUUACAUAGAGACUUAGAAUACACUAAGGCAAUAGUGAAAGAAAAGGAUUUAAUGAUUGAAUCUCAGAAGGAACUGAUUGAGACCUUCCAAAGACAAGAACAAGACCUGGAACAGCAGAAGCAAGUUCUGCAGCAUCUUCAAGUGACACUAAAGGAAAAAGAGGAAGAAAUUUUAUCCCUUAGAAAGCAACAUGAGGCAUGCAAGGUUGAAGCUGAGCAAACAAAUCUUCAAGCAACAAAACUGACUCUGAAAGAAAGAGAAAAAAAGAUAGAGGUUCUGGAGGAGGCUAUCUCUAAGCUUCAGCAGCAAAAGGAGGAGGCAGUGAUGCAGACAAAAGCCAUCCUGCAAAAACUAGAAUUUGCUGAAUGUUCUCUAGAAGCUAGAGAUCAAGAGAUAGUGUCUCUGCAAGAGCAUGUCCAGGACCUUCGAGAGCAGAAGGAAUUAGAAGGCAAGCAGGCCAAGAGGCUAGAGCAGGAUCUAGAAAAAAUGAGCCAGAUAUUGAAGGAGAACCAUUUGAAAUUCCUCAAGCAGACAGAGCAAAUGAACAUGUUCCAGCUUCAGGAAGAAAGCAUGAAAGUAGCACUAACAUCAUGCCAGAAGCAAGUUAAUCUACUUGAGGAAAUGGUGAGAAAGAGAGAUGAAGACAAGGAAACUCUUAUGCAAAAACUCCAGCACCAAGAAGAAGAACUGAAGACCUUGCAGAAUCUCCAGCUUAGGCAAACUGAGAAGAAUGAAGAGGUUAGACAGCAUGGAGAGCAAGAGAAGCUCCUGGAAGAAGCCUUGCCUGAGAGGGAACAAGAGACGAAGGCUCAAGGUGAGCAAAAAGAGUUAGAAGAGGAAAUAAGAGGCCUUCGGGAAGAUCUCCAGCAUGUUCAGCAGACUCUGACAAAGAAGGAUGAUGAGAUCAAGUACCAGAGGGACAGAGUCAGGUAUUUAGAGAAGACUCUGACAGGGAGAGAACAAGAGCUUGGGAGGCAGAGUGAACUCCUGAAACAAUUAACAUCAGCUUUGCAAUGGAAAGAUGAUGGAGAGACCCUAAAGAAGCAAAUCCAGAAACUCCAAAAAUGGGAAGAAGAGGAAGCAGAGAAGAGAAAGAUUCUCGAGGAGAGAGACCAUUCCUUGCAAAGGCAACAGGAACUAACCCAACAACUGGAAGAUGAGAGGAGAGCAAAGGGGGAAGAACUGGAGCGUGUGACUGCUAUUUUGAAGCAGACUGAAAGCAGAGAAAUUGAAUGGAAAGAGAAGGAACAAGCGCUGACUCUUACCCUUACCAAGAGUGAAAUGGCCAAUGGGGCUCUGAGGGAAGAAAUAGCCAUCCUGCAGAAUAUGGUUUCAGAGAGGGACAAGGACCGGUGUCAUCAGCAG